GGGGUGGGGUGGGGUGGGGGGGGGGGGGUUGGCAACGGUCUCCGUCCUCGUUGGAAACGCUUUUCCACCCUCGAGGAUCGCGAGCACGGUGGUGCAGUCAUAAAACGCGACCGAGGGAUGUCGAAGGAAGCAAAUCGUCGUUGAAUCGUCACGCGCAGCGAAAGAAAUUCCCUAGGAUCGGAGUUGGACAACCUGGAGCCUCGUCGGGGUGUGUUCGGGUCAAGAUGUCGAGCGAGGAGGAUCCGAGGGCUACAAGGGAAGCGAGGGAAACCACCGAGGAGGAUCUGCAGAUCUUUGAGACUCUGUCUAUAUCGUCGCCACGAAAGAUCUGUCAGGAGGACGCCAUGACCCACGACCUGACGACCAACCUAAGAAGCGAGCUGGCAGCCCUCGAGUACAAACGUGACAGGCUUACAUCCGAGCUCCAGGAGAUGAAGAGCCUCGUGAGAUCGCGGGAUCAACGGAUCGUGGAGCUGCAGGUGGAGGCUGAGCAGCUUCGCGAACAAGCUGUCAGGCAAAAUGCCAUCGUUUCGAGUCUAAAAAAACGUAUACAGGAAUUGGAGGAACGCGAGAGGAAUCUUUACGCGAGUCAAGGCAGAAACGAGAUCACGAUACAGGGCUUGCAGCGGGAUCUGAAAUACCACGAGGAGAGAAUUCGAGAGUACGAGAAGAAGAUUCGCCAGCUGGAGCAGAACCUCGCGGAGGAGAUUCAACAAAAGGAACGCGCCCGUGCCAGUCUUCAGGAAUGCGCGAGGAAGUUGGCCCACGCAUUGAACGUCGACUAUUGCGAUACCGCCCAUCCCAGUCUCGAACUCGUGAUCCAUAAGGCUGAGGAGCUGGCGCAAGAAGCGAAUCGUCUUCGCGCGAAAAGCACGAACGUCGAAGCCCAAUUGGCUACCGUCGAGGUCGAUUUCAGAAGCUGCAGAGACGCUUUGGAUCGUGCUGUCGCGGAGAAGGAACAGCUUCAGCGACAAGUGUCCUCGCAGUCGAUCGAGUUGGACCGUUUGAGACAGGACAAAGAGUGCCUCGAGAUGCAAUACAGAGUCGCGGAAAGGGAGACUAACGAUCUGAGAGACAAACUGCUGAACGCCAACAGGAGCAUAACCAGCGCGACUGGAAACAUAUCGAGCCAAGAGACAGUGAUCUGCCAAUUGCGAGAGGAUUUGAAGCAUCGCGAGGAAAAGAUGCAGCGAAUGCAAAACGAGUCGCGACACUUUCUCGAGUCCUUGGCUAUACUCGUCGGUGGCCCGAACAGAUACGUCGAAUCUCACGAAAAUGCCAUCAAGGACCGCAUCAGGGAGAUCUUGGCCGAGUACAAGGAUCAAACUAUCAAUAUUCAGAAUCUCCGAGAGAAAUUGAACGUGGCGACGGAAUCGACGACUCGGCAGGGCGAAAUGAUCGAGACCACAGUGUCGAAGAUGAGAGGUCUGGAAGACGAACGAUCGAAUUUGGAAAGCAAGGUUCACAAAUUGGACUCCGAGUUGACGAGCUGCGAGCUGUCGAGAGAGUCUUUACGCAGAGAUAAGCAGACGUUCAUGACGUUCUUGGAUCGACUUGGAAAGGUGAUGCAAAUGGACGAGAUCUCCGAGGAGAUGGGCCUGGAUCUCCUAACGGAGUCGCUUUUGGUGCGAGCCGAGCAGUUGGCUCGUUUGGAGACAGACAAGCUGGUGGACAAGUAUUCGUACCACGAGUACGUCACCUUACCGAGGAUUCGACGCGAGCGGUCCUUCCAUGAGCUUUCUUCUAUGAAAGAAACCUCGGUGGUGUAUCAACUUCAACGUCGCGUGAGGACGCUGCGGGAACAAUUGCAGCGCAGGGACCUUCAUCUGGAUCUUCUCCGCAGGAAGCUCUCGCUUCAAGAAGAUAGCGUCAGAAUGAAGUCGUUGCUGCAGACCGAAAGGGACGAAGCGAAUCUUCGGGCGAAGAAGCUAUCGAAGCAGAUCGAUCGCUUGCAAGUUCAAUUCGCCGAGGAGAAGUCGCGAAACCGCGAACUGAGCUCGCAGCUGACGGAAGCAGCGGAUUACAAGGGGCGUAGCAUAGCCGCUCUGGAGCGCAGCCGAAAGAUCGAAGAGCUCCAGAAACGUCUGGUGGAAAGCGAGAUGCUGAGGACGCGAUGCAACCGAAAGCUGGCCAUGCUGAAAGAGCAGCUGAGAAGCGCCACGGAGACAGCCGAGCAGGAGAGGUCCAUAAACGAUCAUUCGUUGCAGCUCCUACGAGGCGAGCUCGCGCAGGUCAAGCAGAACCUCUCCGACCUCACCAAAAGGGAAUCUCAACUGCAAAGCUUCCGUGUCUCCGUGGUGAAAUUAUUGUCGGAGCCAAUCUGCACGCCCGAUUACGAAAUCAUUUCGCGGCUACAGAAAAUGGUAGCGGCGCAUCGCGAUUUCACGAUGCUUUCGCGCAGAUACGACGAGCCCUUGGACACCAGUCCCUCCAGAUGCACCAGCGUGCAUCCAGUGCACCCUCCCAGGUCACCAGGGUCACGAUGCACCCGCUACGAGGACAGUGGUUUCGCGGAUCCACCGGAUCUCCACGACAUCGAGGACGAUUACAACAAACGACCCAUCCGCAGCAGCCUUCUUCCGUGACAUCGGCCAAGGUUUAAAUUCGAAACACAUAAAUGAAUUGGGAGCACCAUAAGUCUGGUAAACCGUCGCGUUUACCUUUGGUAAACGCGCCAUCUUUACCUCGAGCGACCAAAUAUUCGAACAGAGGACUUGUAAAUAUGUAUCGAGGAGUAUUAAAAAUUCCGGAAACAAGAAAAAAGGCUCUCCAGCCGAAAAUGUUUAGACCUCCCACUCAAAGACUGAUUAUGUGAUAUCUGAUCGAGUUGUGUACACGUUUCGACAAUCGACGCCGAAUUUGUAGAUUGAUAAGGGAAGAUCUAUCGACUAGACAAAAACUAAAAUAAGAUGAUCCAUUGAUCGAUAAGAAUAACGGGAAGUCCAUUUAGGAAUAAAUCAAGCGUGAAAAAGUAUCGAAAGGAAUGGUUCGUAGGACACGUCUAUGCUUCCGGGAUUCUAAUGGAGAAUUUCUUGGAGCAAAGAAGCUUCCAAAGAAGAAUUCCAAAGACGUUGUUUUCUUGGAAUAAUUAUUGUUUGAUCCUCCUUAAUUUUAAGAAUUUCGUACAAAACGACACGAUAAUUUAUUUUGACCCAACGAACCUUGGCUCGAACUGUCCCGUCUAGAAACGCGAAUUGUUCACGACCAAUUGACGCAUUGUUUCGCCGUUUAGGCUCGAGCCCGUUCCUCCUCUUGCACGCGGUGCUCGCAGUGUUUCGAAGCCCCACUUCCGCCGACACAGUUCCAAUUUGCAUGGCCUCUGCUCGUCUACCAGCGAUCAAAAGCAGUGGCAAAUGGAUGGGCUGUAACGGUACACGUUCGUAUGCUGAUCGAUAUUCUCGAUCGUUGCACGCGUUGUAUCUUAAUUGCUUGUCGGCUGUUAAAAAACGUGGCUGACGAACGUUGAAACAAAAAUGUUGACCGUGAAAUUACGUCUGGCUCUGUUUUAUCGCGGCACAUCGUUUUGGGUUACUGUAGGCUUGGGAUCGUGGCGACCUGAGGGACAGUGUUAACAUCUUUUUACUUGGUAUCUGCGCUAUCGUCGGACACUGGACGUUGAUAACGUCGAGGCUCGCUUCUGACAACCUGAUAGAUAACAUUGCACAGUAGUAACCAAUUAAAUGAAGAACGUCGUGACCUGGGGGUGCCAAUUAAACGGGGUUCAUCGUGAAUUCGUUUCGCCUCUCAGCCCUCGUUUUAGGAGGAUGGUAGCGCGACGACGGUUCUUACAUCAUAACCGUCGUUGCGUACGCAGCUUGGGUACGUAGAACGUAGGCGGCAGUAUCGGUGUAGAGUGGAACAACCGCAUUCCAGGAUGCAGACGGCAGAACGAGCCUGAAGAAGCGGGGUAUCCGAGGAGUCGCGGAAACGUUAGAGUAGGGGAACGCAGUCAGAACGAUUAAGGAAGGGGCCCACCAAUCGCAAUAGUUAUUGGCGAAAGAGGCAGCAGUUAGCAAUUGAAUUAAUUGAAAAUGGAAACGAUGACUGCAAAAUUUGUUACAAGUAUCAUCGUAAGAAACGUGAAAGAAUGCAGUAUAAUCUAUCGAUAGCACUCGAAUGGUGCAACAAUAUGCAACGAAUGCGUAGCAUAAGAUAUAACAAGUUUCAAAUAGAUUAAGGCAAAAAGUUGCACAAUUAAAUUUGUAUCGAUUCCGUGCAAUAUAAUUUAACGGAAUUUAUACCGCACAAGUGGAAGCCACCAAGCAAAAUUGAAUAAAAAAAUUAGCACUCUCUAUCCUGUUCGCAUUAUUUCGAUAAUCUAAACAUAAUCAUCGAUGAUCGAUGGAUAAUAGAUUCAAUAAUGAUCGAUACCGUCGAGGGACGGUAUAUUCGCCAUGGUCAAACCUGCAUCGUUCACUUUCGGUGUUCAAGUUCAAGGUUAUCGACAAGACGAUAUCCUUGGGUCAAAAUUCCUAACAUAGAGGCGGGCUGUAUGCGUUUCAAUUGCAACAUGAAACAUGAAUCAUCGACGACGUAUCUUCUUGAUUCAUGGAUCGCGAAACGAGUCAAGAUGAUCGGUAUAAACUAGAAACAGACAAAGGGGAACAACGGAUCUAUCUUGAGUUUUUACGCACACGUUGAUUGGUUUCCACCAAGGCAAUGGUAUUGAUUGGAGGUCUCUAUUGAGAUAAGCUUGAAGUUUAUCGUGAUAAGCUCGGAAAGAGUAUUUCUAUUCCUCCAAGCUUCACAGCAUUCGCGUAUGAACUGUUGUACUAUCGACGUCAAGCGAAAUACAUCCUCAGUGAUCAUGUCUCGCGGACCUUUGGUCUUCUUGGCUAUCAUCGCAUUCGUCGCUCUACCAUUAGGUGGAGCGUUGAAGUGCUAUGUGUGCAAUCCACAGGAGGGUAAUACUUGUAAGGAAGUCACAGACAGUAUGGUGGACGACUGUCCUACUAUUUCGAAACCAGAAACCACAAAUCAACCCGGGUCAACUACUCCGAAUUCAGAAACAACAACUCAAACUGAGUCAACUACUCCGAAUUCAGAAACCACAACUCAAACCGAGUCAACUACUCCGAAUUCAGAAACAACAACUCAAACCGAGUCAACUACUCCGAAUUCAGAAACCACAACUCAAACCGAGUCAACUACUCCGAAU